ACUAGUACAAAAUCUACACCUGGAAGUCUGGAACUUCAUCUACAUGGUCAUUCACUCAUGCUCAAUUUUAUCAUCACCACAAAGCCCAGCUCAAAAUCAAAAGACAAAGCUCAAAACAAAGGACAAUUUCAUCACAACGUUGCACGAAAUAGGCCUACGUAAAAAGCAUCAUUUCAGGCCCAUCGCAUCUCUCUACCCAACUCUUUCCCUCUCUCCUCAACAUUUGCUUCUCACCUUUCAAACUUUUCUGGAAAGGGGGAAAAAACAAAAAUAAAAAACCCUAAUUUUGAAAUCAACCUUCACUGUAAACUGCAAAUUACUGCAGAUUUCAGCUUCAAUCUUCUUCUGUUGCUCAGAAAUUUUCUAAUGCUUAAUUCAUCCAUAAAUUUACAUUCUUCUGUUUCUUGAGCUUUGAAAUUUAACAAAUUCGCACUCGAAUUUUACUUUGGAGGUUUCCACGUUGUUUGAGAUUUUGUGAUGUCGGAGAAUUCGAGGUCAGGUUUUACCGUUACUCUUGGGCGUAGUGGUCGGGUGGUCAAGAGGGCAGGUGGGUCAUCAGAGGCGGGGAUACUUAAUGGUGGUCCAAUUACAGGAAGCAAACGAUCUAUCAGAGAUAGGCUGGGUGGUGGUAGUUCUGACGAUCGAGAUCACCAAUACAACAAGCGGCAUCGUGGGGAGGGUUAUGGCACAAGUAGCGUAAAUGAUGUGCAUCUUCGUAAAGAUGAUCUUCGAUUUAAACUGAUGCAAAAAAACACGAAUCGGCAAUCUCCCAAAAGUGAUUCACAUGGUAAUAUUGAUCUCCGAGAUAAACUGUUGAGUAGGACCUCUCGUCCUUCAGUAGAUAAUAAGAUCAUGCGUCCUCCUGAAUCUACUGUUAGUGUACGACAUCCUUUGGGUGAACCCAGGGAUCCAGGGAUAGUAAGGCACACUGUUGUCGGAGCCAGGGACACCAGCAUAUUAGGGCGAUAUCCUUCCUCACGGAACCCUAGUGACUUAUCCACAGUUGUCCCUAGUCGACCUUAUACUUCGUGGACUUUGGAAAAUUUGAGACGAAGAUCUCCAGAGAGGCUUUAUCAUUCUUCGGCUCGUAGAGAGCUCUCUCCUGAAAGGAGUAGAGAAGAUUCCCAGAGAAGGCCAAUCAGGGCAUAUGAUGAUGGGAGGUCAAGUUCGUGCAUGAGAAUUAGUCCACAAAGAUCUGUCCGUUCUUCACCCUUUAUAACAAAAUCUUCUGUACCUGCUGCUCCUGUUAAGCCUGCUGUACCAUAUUCUCCACAUUAUCCUCAAGCAAGUGGAAUCGUGCACAAGAUCCCAUCUAUGGGUGUUGAACAUCCCAAUGUGGAAAGCUUCUUGCAGUCUCUGGGAUUGGAGAAGUAUUCCAUAUCUUUCAAGGCUGAGGAGAUAGACAUGAAAUUAUUGAAGCAAUUGGGUGACAAUGACUUGAAAGAGUUGGGUAUACCGAUGGGUCCCAGAAAGAAGAUUCUCCAAACUCUCGCGCUUCUUCCUAGACGACAUGCAUACUCUAGUGCAAAGAUAUAAUGAAGACCAGAUUUAAAUCUAUUUCUGGUGUGUAUUCAACUGUUCAUCAAAUUUCGUCAAGUUUCUCCAGUGGAUGGAUAACUCUUUGUUGUUUCACCUUGGGCUGAUAAGAGUUCCUUAUACUGUUUGUCUACUUUGACAUACUACAACCAUUGUUAAAUCAUGCAUGUAGGGUGGGAAAACAUGAGUUGUUGAUGUAUGUAUGGUUAAUCAAACAUUUUUGAGCUUCAAUUAUUCAAAGGCUGAGGAUUAUUUUAGCAUCAA